AUGGCGAUAGUUUCUUCAAAAACUCUCGAACGAAUGAUCUUUCUUUAUAGUUGUCUAUCGAUUCACUCAUUUCAGAUGCUAAUAGAAACGACAAGGCUACUUCUAUUUUUUGCUGAAAGUUGGCAAAAAAAUAGAAACAGAGAUCUGAAACUGCAUGUCACUUUUAUAGAUGAGUUUUUGAGAACGUCCAGGGAUGCAAGCAAUAUAUCGGUGAGCGAAUGGGCUGUACAAUGUGGGAAGUGCUUUAAAUGGAGAACGAUUCCAACAAUGGAAGAGUUUGAGGAAAUCAGGAAAAGGUUUGUUGAAGAGCCUUUUCACUGCAACAACAAACCCAAUGGUUCUUGUGAUGAACCGGCUGAUAUCGAGUAUGAUUCUUCUCGGACUUGGGUAAUUGACAAGCCCAAUCUGCCUAAAACCCCAUCAGGGUUUAAGAGAAAGCUAUACCUGAGGCAAGAUCACUCUGAGAUGGAUGUUUACUAUAUCGCUCCUUCAGGGAAGAGACUAAGAUCCAUUGUACAAGUGCGUGCUUUCCUUCGACAAAAUCCAGAGUUUGCUGACAUAUCAGUCUCGGACUUCACCUUUACCACCCCCAAGGUUAUGCGUAAUGCUGCAUCCUCUAACGCUGUCCUUUCCAACUCUAGCAACAAGGGUGCAGCUAGUACCGAACAAAACGAGUGCGUGGAUUGA